GUGGAAUAAAUAUCAGCCCCAAUGUAGGCCAUAUCUGAAUGCUCUGAAAGGACCCAUUACUUUACAGGUUGCUGCUUCACUGAAGGAAAAGCUGGUGUUUUUUCCACAAAGUCUUGUGCUGCAGUCAAGCUACAGUCUUUCCUUCACCCACGGGAGGUGCUGAGUGUUGGUGGGACAGCCCAACUUUUGAGGAUUUGCUUUCCAUGUUAGAGUGCGGCCUGCUGGGCCAGCCAUGGAGGGAUGGCUCCAGCCUCCUCACGCUCUCUUCUAAAGAGUGAACACCUAGAAUUCAGGUGCUGGAGUAAUCGAAUGAAUGAAAUUUCACUUCAUGCACCUAAGGGAGAAGGCUGAAAUGAAGCUGGGCUGAAGAACAGGUAGGACUGAGAUUGCUGGAGAAAAGUGAGGAGGGCAUUCCAGAUGAGAACAAUGUGCACCCACUGCAGGAUUCUAGGACAUGCCCCAUGAGCUGAGUUUCUCCAUCCAGAAUCUAGGACUUCAGACUGAACACAUCAGUGACUCUCCACUCGUCUGGCUGCCACCUUCUAGACCGUUACUCCUCUAGAUCCUCUCAUAUCUAUGCAUGGCCUUGUAUGGCUAGGAGUCCCUCGAGCUCACCAAAAAAAAAAAAAAAGUACAUGUUGUCAAGAGAACCUGGAGUCCCUCCAAAAGGUGCCCCAUUGAUUCAAAAGCCAGACACUUCUUUGUCAACAAAGGCAUCCCAUGGCGAAAAGUCUGGAAGAUAAAUUGCCCUUGGCUCAUUGUUGCGCAAUCAGAAAUUCAUUCAUGUGAGGAAAAAGCAGUUAAAACCGAUGGAAAAACGCCAAAGAAAGCGACUGUCAGACUGAUUGCUUUUUGGCAGAGACUGAGAUCAAGAUUUACCAAGGAAAGCCCACGUAAAUAUAACCCAAGAGGAAGUGACAGAGCUUAAGAGCAUUACUAAGCGUGGAAACUGGAAUUUCAGUUACCUUGCAAGAUAUCAGGUGCCUCCUUCAAAUGAAUUUUUAAGUAUCUCCGUGAUGAUGAAGAAGAACAGAGACAUCAAUUAGGAUUCAGGAAGACAAGUCUUUGCAGAAAAUGCUUAGAGCAUCAAGGAUUGCUAUUAAUAUUUGAAAGUUUAAAAGCGGGCAUACUUUUCUUCAGUCAACAAAUGACAAAAGUAAAGGCAUUGUUUUCAUUGUUCCUGGAAGAAGCCUGGCAGCAUUCCAUUCAGACAUCUGCCCUUUGAUCGUCCCCUUUUCUUCUUUACUUAUUUCAGUCCUUCUAAUCUUCAAGGCUGAGUCUGAAUAUUUCUUCCUGAGGCUUCUUCGAAUCAUAUCUGCCCUUAAGGACAACUCCCUCCUCCAACUCCUAUAGCCCUUAUUAUUAUACCUUUCAUUUGAAAAUUUAGUACAUGAUACAUUACACUGUUAUUGAAUAAAUAGAUGUUCAUUCUCUGCAAGUAUAUUAGACAACUGUCUGGACAAUUUAUUUCUUUCCCAUUCUCAGAGUCAGCACAGUGUUCUGUCAAUGGUAGAACCUGGAAAAAUAUUUAUUGAUGAUGAUGGCAGCAGUCUAUUAAAAGCAGAUGGAAUUUUAUUUUUUAAAAUGAGAAGAGAGACAACGCUGAAGCUUUGGAAGUUGAGACUCACAAGCAUCAUUUAUGUUUUCUAACAUAAGAGCUCAAUGUACAUGUUUUUUUGGGGGGGACGGGGUAGUGGGAGGCAAGAGCAUCACUGGAAGUAAGCAGUUUCUCUUUCAAGAGUCACUAUCAAAAUUUUUGGCCUGCCUAAGCAAUAUUGAUAUUUUGCCGACCCCUUUUGAUGUGACAAUAAGAAUUGUAACAUGGCUGUCAGUUGGAGGAACGGAUAUUCAGGAGAAAAGACCUGAACAUUUUCACAUCAUAAAAGAAACAUUUCGGUUUCGUCACAGAUUUGGAAUUAAGAACACACCUUCAUGUUUUAUGACGUCACGAACCCGGCCCAGCGAGGCCAGCGACACGCGAAUCCCACCGGCCGGUAGACCCAUUGUCACACAGGACCCGCAAUACCGGGAGCCGCCGAGCUCUCCCCAGGACGAAGCUCCCGCGGGGCCCCACCCACCCCGGUUCCGGGAGCCUCAUUGGCCAGUCUUCCGCCCGCCAUUUCUGUUAGCCCCCGGGAUUUGUCACGGGAGGCGGGAGUCUCCCUUUCGGGCACUGAUUGGCCAAAUCUUUACGACGGCAAGACGUUCUGCGAGUUUCUAUUGGUUCUUAGGCCUCAGAAUGGGCGGGGAAAGGCAGAGCGAGGGGGCUCAAGGAGGAAAGGGCGGAGUGCGCCGGCGCGUAGUCGGGGACGCCUGGCCGAGGAUUUUGCUAGGGAACCGACUGUUGUCGCCCCGCCCCCUCGGGGCUUUUUGUCCCGUUAACUGUCGGAGUGGUGGGGGCUCCAGCGACAUGCCGGUGCGGUUCAAGGGGCUGAGUGAAUACCAGAGAAACUUUCUGUGGAAAAAGUCCUAUUUGUCAGAGUCCUAUAAUCCCUCAGUGGGGAGAAGGUACCCAUGGGCUGGACUUAGAUCAGAUCAAUUAGGAAUCACAAGAGAGCCAAGUUUUAUUUCAAAAAGAAGAGUCCCUUAUCAUGACGCACAGAUUUCAAAAUCUCUUGAGUGGAAUGGAGCGAUCUCAGAGAACGAUGUGGUUGUAUCUCCAAAACCUGAAGCCCCAGAAAUAGAAUCACAAGAGGCAGAACAAAAAGAUGUUAACCAAGAAAGAGUUCUUGCACUAGAAGCCUCCAGGGUUCCCAAAAGAACCAGAUCUCACUCUACAGACUCCAGAGCUGAAGGGGCUUCGGAUAUUGUGGAAAAUGAUGUGGAUGUAACAGCAAACCAUCCACCGGUUAAUGAAAAUGAGGACCUGGAGCAUUCUUCCAAGCUGCAUUCAGAAAAUGUAGCUAACGGGUUGGAUAGAGUUCUUCGGAAGAAAGCAGGAUUGACUGUUGUUCCUUCACGUGAUAUCUUGAGGAAUUCUGAAUAUCAAAGGCAGUUUGUUUGGAAGACCCCUAAAGAAACUGCUCCAGUUUUUGCAGCCAAUCAGGUUUUCCACAAUAAAAGCAAAUUUGUUCCACAAUUCAAAGGUAAUUCAAUUAUCCACGAAACUGAAUACAGAAGAAAUUUCAAGGGUUUAUCUCCAGUGAAAGAACCAAAAUUAAGAAAUGAUUUGAAAGAGAAUGGAAAUUUUGAAGCAGUAUCUCCUGAAAAGAAGUGUGAUAAAACAGAUGAUCCUUUAAAAUUAGAAGCAGAAAUGGAAUCAAAAGAGUCAAACCAGCCUAAAAAGAAGCUUACUCCUUGGAGACAUCAAAGGCUUGGGAAGGUGAAUUCUGAAUAUAGGGCAAAAUUUCUGAGCCCAGCCCAGUAUUUAUAUAAAGCCGGGGCUUGGACCCGUGUGAAGGAAAACAUACCAGAUCAGGCUUCUCUAAAUGCCAUGUGGUAUGCGGAGGUUAAAGAACUCCGAGAGAAGGCUGAGUUUUAUAGGAAACGAGUUCAAGGAACACAUUUUUCUCGGGACCAUCUGAAUCAGAUUCUGUCUGACAACAACUGCUGUUGGGAUGUCUCCUCCACCACAAGCUCAGAAAGAACCAUUAGUAGUAACAUCAGAGCUCUAGAUCUUGCUGGAGAUCCUACAAGCCAUAAGACUUUGCAGAAAUGUCCUCCUACAACACUGGAAGAAAAAAGGCCUGUCUUGGAAGAGCAGCCCCAGAAAAAUACCACAGAGAAAUUGGGUUUGUCAGAUGCUCCCACCACACCUGUUAGAAGGCGCCUGGCAUGGGAUGCAGAGAACCCGGAUGAAGGCUUGCAGAAACAGCCGAGAGAGGAGGAGGAGGAAGAGGAGGAGAAAGCAGAAAAGGACAAGCAGGUUCAUACGGGAGAGCUGGAGAAGUUGGAAGUACAUGAAAAAUCUAAGGCAGACAAGAUGAAAGAAGGGUCGGAUUCUUCGUCUGUAUCUUCUGGAAAAGGAGGCCGGCUUCCUACUCCAAAGCUGAGAGAACUUGGUGGAAUCCAAAGGACUCAUCACGAUCUCACCACUCCAGCUGUUGGUGGUGCUGUUUUAGUGUCUCCAUCUAAAGUGAGGCUUCCAGUCCCAGAGCAGAGGAAAAGAGUGUCUUCUCAGGAUGGCUUAGAAACUGCAAAGAAUGAUUUUAGGAAGAAAGAAAGUCGUGCUAUAUCCCUCCUGACUUCUCCAGCUGCUGGUAUAAAAACAAUCGAUCCCCUGCCUUUGAGGGAAGAUUCUGAAACCAAUAUCCCCAAAUUUGCUGAGGUAACUCUUCCAGUUUCAAAAAUUCCAGAAUAUCCAACAAACACACCUGGGCAGUCUCCUUCUCCUCCCUGUGCUGCUUCCUACUGGCAUCCCUCUCGUCGGAUUCAGGGCUCUCUGAGAGAUCCAGAAUUUCAGCAUAAUGUGGGAAAAGCAAAGAUGAACAAUUUCCAGUUGCCUCAGCAUGAAGUCUUUAAUGAUGAAGAUGAGGACAGAUUAUCUGAGAUUUCUGCUCGCUCUGCAGCUUCUAGUCUCCGGGCUUUUCAAACUCUGGCACGAGCUCAGAAAAGGAAGGAGAAUUUCUGGGGCAAAACAUAAUUAAAUAUGUAUCUAGUGAGCUGCUUAACAAUCUAGGAACAAUUGGCAUAAUUUUUCUUUAUUGCUUUACUAUGUUGAGACUUUUAAGUGUUUGGAUUUUUUUCCCCAACAUUUCCUACUUAAAAAGAAUUGGUUGACUUUUCAAUAGCCAAUUCAGUUUACUUGGAAAAUUUUAACACAGGUUCAUAAAAAUUCAACUUAAAGAAUUCUUUGACACCUAUCCCAAAGUACAAAGAUAUAGAUUUCUUCACAUGUUGUAAGUUUUAUAUCAAGGAUAGCUGGUAGAAUUGUGAAUUUUACCUAUCCACAGAAUAUUCUAAAAAAGGAACAAAGUGAAGUAAAAAUUAAGAUCCAAGCGUGAAGUAUAUAUUCCUUGAAGAUUGGUGAUGUGUAUCUUUAUGAUUUGUAGAUGUCAUAAGAUGAAUUUGUUGUUCCUGUAACUUUUGCUGUAGCAUUUCUUUUUAUUUCAGUACCUUCUAUACGUGGUUGCAGUGUUAAGAAAAUUGUACUUUCAAUUGAAAAUAUGAGCUGUAUAUAUUUUUCUUAUUUAUGUAACAAAGUUUGCUGAGAGAAUAUGUAUUUUUGAUCUUUGUGUGUAUUCUAUUUGUAUAAGGACUUUGGCUUACAUUUGAAUAAUGUCUAAAUUUUGAAAAAUUAUUUGUAUAAUGGAGAGUUAAAACUUUGUAGACAUUUUGAAAUAAAAAUUGAUCAAGUAUUUCAGUUCUGUU